AUGACUUCCACCGCGGAAACAACCCCCCUACUCCCCCAACACCAACAGCAACCCGCACCAUCUAAUACGUCACCGCGAGCGAACCGGCGGACAGUCACCUUCAACCCUCUCACCACGGUCAGCACAUACCACGAUGCCACUUCUACAAACGCUCCAGUUCGAACACUAUAUUCCGGCCCUUCGUCAUUCCCGAGUUCCCAGGAUGCCCCGCAACGACCGACUGGAUUAUCCGCAUUGAACAGCAAGCUCCGUCGCCGGAAUAGCCAUGGAGCGCCCUACAGUGCAGCGCCCUCAAUGCCUGUGGCACCCAAAGUCGGCCCACAAAGAACGACAAAGAAAGCCCAGAAAUUGAAACUUCUCCCUGAUCCGAUAACCGAGGAGGCUGUUGAAGGCGAAUUCCCCUCGGACGUCUACUCGCAAAUCGCACGGAUUAAAGAACCCACUGCUCGAAGCCAUGCUGCAAGACUGGGCAAGGCAGACAGAGAACGACUACCCCGCGUGACAGCAUACUGUACGGCCAAUUCCUAUCGACUAGAUGGAGCGACCAGAUUUCUCAAAUCCAGGUCCAAAACCCGUGGAGCCAACCCGAAACUCUACGAUGAGUGUGUUUACUCGCCUUUCGACUACCUGUAUGAAGAAAAGCAAAGAAGUACAUCAGAAAAUAAUGUUGGCAUGAACAAUGUGGGCACGAUGGAAAACUUCCAGAGACCAGCCACUGAGCGCAGGUUCUCCGACAGCGUGGUUGAAAUCGAGGAUAAUACUAAAUCUCGGAGGGAAGACCUCAUCGACCUUCGCGACUCAGAAGCUCACCAAUCCGAGAGUGCCGUGGCGGAAACUCAAUCUGAAACCCCAGACUUCGACACCACAAUUCACACCCCGGAGGUAUUCCUCUUCGACUAUGGCACAGUCGUCAUAUGGGGCAUGACGCCCGCACAAGAGUCCCGGUUCCUGUCCGAUAUCUCUAAAUUCGCAACCUCCAUCUUGAGUCCUGAAGAUACACAGGUCGAAAACUUCAAUUUCUACUAUGCGCGUGAGUACCAAGCUCGCAUAUACAACGACUUCAUCUCCCUGCGCGAACCGCGAAACCACAUGAUCAAACUGGCCAUCUCGCAUGCCCUCGCUCAAUCGGUGAAGACCUCUCUCUUCGAGGAUCUUGUCUCGGAAACUAUCUCGAAUACUGCACCACUGCCUGCCCAAAUUGCACAGACAGGCAGUGUCAAUCUCACACGGCGCCAAAUUAACAUGCAAGUCGGAGAAUUAUUCAUUCUACGAAUCAAUAUCCAUCUCCAGGGCUCG